CAGCUAGACUCACGAAAUUCGACAGUCGAACGUCUCACUUGUCCGGUUAAAGAAUGGCCGGCACUAACAAAUUGUUUAAGGUGUUUGCAAUCGUUUUGCUGCUCGGCGUCCUACUCUUCGCUGUCGACGCUGCAAGUAAGAAACAUUUGAAGACUAAAACAGCUCCAAAGAAGAUCUUACAUCACCUUCUGUACUCGGACGAUGACGACCUGAUGCUCGGAGAUGAGCCGGAGUCUAGCGGCGAUGGUCCCGACGGCCCAGAUAACGAAGGAAGUGCCACUCCAACAGUGAAGCCCAAGCCACCAGCUAACGAGCUCGAUCCUGAUUUCUCCAUCGAUGGAUUGCCAGACAUCAACGAACUUCUACCUGGAAAUAAUAUGAACUGGCCCACGUUUAAACCUGCCAUCAGGCCUACGGCUAAACCCCCUUGCCAUUUAACUAACUCUUGCCCACCGGUGAAACCCCCCUGUCAAUCGGGUCAACCUUGCCCACCGGUGAAACCCCCUUGUCAAUCGGGUCAACCUUGCCCACCACCCCAAUCGCCCUGUCAUUCAGGGAGACCCUGCCCACCGGUUCAACCACCGGCCCCACCUCCGUGUUCUCCAGCUAAACCUUGUCCACCGGUCCAGCCACCGGCUCCUCCGUGUCAUUCAGCUAGACCUUGUCCACCGGUCCAGCCACCGGCCCCACCCCCAUGUUCUCCAUCUAGACCUUGUCCACCGGUUCAGCCACCGGCCCCACCACCGUGUCCUCCAGCUAAACCUUGUCCACCGGUUCAGCCACCGGCCCCACCUCCUUGCCAUUCAGCUAGACCUUGUCCACCGGUCCAGCCACCGGCCCCACCUCCAUGUUCUCCAAGUAAACCUUGUCCACCGGUUCAACCACCGGCCCCACCUCCGUGUCCUCCUGCUAAACCUUGCCCACCGGUUCAACCACCGGCCCCACCUCCAUGUUCUCCAACUAAACCUUGUCCACCGGUUCAACCGCCGGCCCCACCUCCUUGCCAUUCAGGUAAACCUUGUCCCCCGGUCCAACCUCCAUGCAACGCAGGCAAACCUUGUCCACCGGUCAAGCCUCCGUGUCAGCCUAAUCGCCCGUGCAACCAAGUCAGCCUGCCACCUGUAUACAGCCCAGCCAACGUGUGUGGAAAAACCUACUUUUGCCGGAAAGGAUACAGCGGCCCGUGUCACAGAAAUGAAAUUUUUACGUCCUCACCGAGCUAUUUAUCACGGCCCGUCUCUUCCGGACGUUCGACUUGCCCCAACUAUUUUUCUCCGCCGGCCGGCUGCUUCUCAUCCACGAACAAUCCGUUCGCUUUAACAGGCAAGAGUUCACCUGGAUAUUGCACGAUUCGCUAUGCCCACCAGCCUUGCUACGGCUACCCUUCGACGUACCGCUAUUGCAAACAAACAAAACAAUGCUAUCCUACCACGCCCACGUCGCUGUAUGACCCCAGACCGCCACAAGGACCGUGUCCAGCUGACCAGUAUUUUGCUAUCGCAGAUAAGUACUACGGCUAUUGCCGUUGCAAUCGCCCCAACUACGUUCAUUGCCCACAGACGAAACGCUGUUACCCAGCAUACACUAAGGGAUCUUGUACCGCUGGCCAGUGGCUUGUUCCACACGGAAAUGUUGGCUUAGCUACCUGCAAAGCUUGCCCUUGUCCUUCACUGGCGGACGGCCAUCACAUGUACUGGAGCGGGAAGGGCCAUCAACACGGAAGACCUGGAUGUUACAAGUCUCAAACGCGAGGUCCUUGCCAACACGGCAUGCGAUUUGUGGUUGACGAUAUUCUCACGGGUUCUGCGCAUUGUGUUCGCAAUCACUCGAGACGACCGAGUUCGAGUUACAACUCGUUGUGGAACGACUGGAACUUGUUUUACGGCAAUUCCAAUUUUUAACCGGUCAUCAGUGCAAUAAUGUUUAGAAAUUUAUCCUACUUAUCUUUCAUAAGAAAACUUUACGUAGCCAGAGAAAAAAAUUGCAAAAUUUUUCAUUUUAAAAAUUCGCAAUAAUUCCAGUUCAGUACUGCCAAGAACUUUAAUAGCCUUUCCGUUUUUCCUUGUCACCAUUUUUGUUCAGUUUAUUUUAGAUGACAACAUAAUGUGCUUAGAUCACUAACUAAUAGCCAAUUCUGUUAUUUCCUACUUAUAAAUGCCUAAUUUCUUUCA